CCCAAACUCUGCCUCCAUUAUCUUCCCCUCUCCAAGUUUUGAAGAAAGAAGCAAACUCUCAAAGCACUGUUAACAGAUACAAAGAAGAAGCUGAAUUUUGAAUUUCAGUAGGCAUACACAGAGAGAGGCGCAAUAAACUACUGCUACUCGUUUAUCUCUGGUGCUCGGCUGAGGUAUUGCUUUCCGGGAUUCUUUUGUAGGCCGCGAGGGAGGUGGUGAUAGUUGUAGCUGGAAAUGAAUUUGCUUUCCUGUAGUAGUAACAGUUGGCCUUUGAGCUCCGGCGUUGUUGCUGUCACUGACCAACCUUUGAAGAGUUUAAAGGGUUCCUUGAGCGUUCCUUCUUUUGGAUGGGAACAAAGAAGAGAUAAUUUGCGUAAUAAUCGCAGAGUGUUGAAAGUCGUUGCUUAUUAUGGCCUGAAAAGCCCACCUUACAAGCUUGAUGCACUAGAACCGUAUAUGAGCCAGAGAACACUUGAAGUGCAUUGGGGUGGUCAUCAUCGUGGUUACGUGGACGCUCUUAACAAACAACUCGAGAAGAAUGAUGUACUCUAUGGAUGUACCAUGGAUGAGCUAAUUAACGUGACAUAUAACAAUGGCAACCCAUUGCCUGAAUUCAAUAAUGCAGCUCAGGUCUGGAAUCAUGACUUCUUUUGGGAAUCCAUGCAACCUGGAGGGGGUCAGAUGCCCACAUUGAGUCUACUUCAGCAGAUAGAGAAGGAUUUUGCUUCAUUUGCCAAUUUCAAAGAGAAAUUCACAGAAGCAGCUCUUACAUCAUUUGGAUCUGCCUGGGUUUGGUUGGUUUUGAAGAGGGAGAAAAAAUGUCUUGCAAUUGUUAAAACAUCCAACGCAAUCAAUCCUCUAGUGUGGAAUGACAUCCCAAUAAUCAAUUUGGACGUGUGGGAGCAUGCUUACUAUUUGGACUACAAGAAUGAGAAAGCCAAAUAUGUCAACACUUUUAUGAAUCAUCUCGUAUCCUGGGAUGCAGCGGCAGCACGCAUGGCUCGUGCACAGGCUUUUGUGAAUUUAGGUGAGCCUAAAAUCCCAGUGGCAUGAGAUGCUCCACCUUCAGCCAGCCCAUCUCAUACCCAUAAGACCAAAAAGCUUCGAAAUUUGCCAUCCUUCUUCACCAGAAGGUGAAAUGCCAGAAUCGGAACCACUCCUUACCGAGAACAGAUAUAAAUAGGAACGAGGCAACAGUGCUAAAACCAGAUGACUCUGCCGGUGCAAGACAGUUGCCCGAAAAUCCUCUCUCCUGGAACAAUGAAAAGAAUUUGAAGAGAGCCUUGAGCACUCCACUUGUGAAAGUGUACUUGGUAUCAUGGAUUCUGUUGUAACUAUUGUCCAAAGAAUUACAACUAUCUGUUUCAUGAAGAUGAGAGAUCUUUGGACCAAUCUUUGUGCUUGAGUUGGAUUAUAUCAAUACAUUAUCCUCCUUAUCUACA